UUAAAUCUUGUACUUAUGGUCUACGCACCUCACCUCAUCAAUCUUUGUUCCGCCAUGUGCAAAAGAUUCCAAAUCAGCGAGAACAAUUGAUUGAUAAAAAGAUCGAGAUCAGAUCGUAAAAAGCAAGGCUUUGUCCGAAAGGAAGCAUCCAUCCAGUCAGUCUUCUCGAGAACGCAAAUAAGAGGUCUGGCCACUGGAGUACGUGUAGUAACAAGCCAGAGAGAGUUCGAGAGAGCAAGACGGGGCAUUGAAGCGAUCAUUACACUGAAGUGAGAAGUCAGGCAAAGCAUAGAAGCAGUGUGCCAACCGCUAAAGGGUUCUUUUUCGCGGCUUUCGGGUGUCAAUAGGGGAGCUGGUAGAGCAGAGCCCGACUAAUUCGUCCGUGGAACAGAUCGGUCACUAGCUAGUAGCAACUAGUGUGUGUGAAAGAGCGAGUGAGUGAGCAAACCACGACAACCACACAGUGUGUUCUGGCUACUAGUAGUCAGUUUGCUAGUAAAGAACAGCCAGAAAGACACAACCGUCAGUCAUUUAAAAAGAGACAACAGUUAGAAGUUCGUGAAGAUGGAGGAUCAAGGCGGUGAAAUCGACUCGAGCGAGAGCAACAAUGGCGUAGACUCGUACGAUCGUCCCGAAGCGAGUGAAUCCGGUAUCAUUACAGAGCUGGAACACCAACGUUCGCAGAACAUGGCCAACGUGGACAUGUCAGCAGAUCUAGGAAUUGCCGAUGAUCUCGAAGUUCCCGUUCAGGCCGCCAAUCAUACCGGUACUUCCAAGAGCAAGGGCAAGAGUCGUAGACUCAGUACACGAGUGGCCCGAGGCAUCAAGAAACAAAUCAACAGUGCCAUUACCACUUCGUCAUCGUCAUCGUCCUCCCAACACCCCAGUAGUGGUAAGAGCAGUCGCAGACCUCGCAGUCUCUCUCCUCCUCGCAGUGGCCGACAUCCCCACAGUCCCAACAGUUCGGGAGAAGAAGCCGAAGAAUCCACCAGUAGCAACCAACAACAACAGAAACAAAAAAGCAGCAAACACAAAUCCAGUUACAAACACGUCGCCAAGGCAGCAGCUGCCGCGGCCAAGAAACUAAAGGUCAAAAAAUCCAGCAAAAAAUCACACGACGUGGAAAUGCAUCAGAAUGUGCAUCACGCGUACUCCUCGUCGGCCAACUCUUCUCGCGCGAGUACACCCACACAAACAACUACUCAUCAUUCCACCAUGAUGAUGAUGGGCAAAACUCCCGUCAAUACUCCCGUCAACGCCGCCACUAUUAUUGAUGGACAACAAGCUAUUAAUAUUAUGCAGCAGCAACAACACCAACAACUACAACCACAUUUGCCACCGACAUUGGCCGAAUGCGACGAAGAAGGAUCCGAAAGUCAAUUCAAUCCUUCUGAAAGUCACAACGAUCCCACGGAAGCAUCCAUGGAGUUCAAUCUCGUACAUCAAAAGGACGAACCGUUUGCUGCUGCUAAUAAUCCAUCACCGGCAGCGGCCGAAGAUGAAGCACUCAAAUUGGCACAAGCCAUGGCCAUGGCCGUACAAGCCAAUCCUACUAAAUCACAUCAAGAAAUUCAACGCAUGGUACUCAGUCAACCGGAAUUUCAACACAUGGCAGCGACCGCCCAUCCACCGGCAGCAGCACCCUCUUCUUCUGGUAGCGGAAGUGGUAGCAAGGGGUUUACCAAAAAUUUCAAGAGUUUGCAAAAAACCAUUGCCAGUGGUGCCAAGACGGCACAAAAAGCGGCACAAAAGGGGUUUCUGGAAUAUGCUGGAACCAUUGAAUCGGCGUUGGGAUCUAGUACCACAUCCUUCCCGUUUAGCAUGUCGACCGCCAAAGAACCCAGUAAAUCCAAUGUCAUGGAGACUGGGAGUACGGGAACCGCUACGACGGCGACCACCACCACGGCCAGUACGGCUCCGCCACCGGCUGUCGCCAUGGCGAGUCUCACUCCAACGAUCUCUGCGGCAACCACCACGUCCAACAGCACUCUUCCACCCACCAUCAAGGAAGAAACACCAUCGACAAUGUCCUUGGAACAGUCACAUACCACGGGCGUCUCCUUGCACAGUUCCACCACAUCCAACCCCAUGGCGGCGGCUACUGUUGCGACAGAACAAAUGGAAGGUUUGCCCAAAAGCCCAUCCUUUGAUGCUACUAGUGCUGCUGCCAAUGCCAAUAAUAAGAACGAAUUGCCCAUCAAGAUGACGGACGUAAUCUGGAAACGACGAUCUGGAUUUGGCAGUUAUUAUCGCAGUUCGGCAUGGGAACGACGUCGAUUCAUCUUGCAGGGAAAUGCCUUGUCGUAUUUCCGGGCCAAGGGAGAAAAUAGUCGUGACGACGAUCGCGAUGUCAGUGCCGGUGGUGGUGGUGACCUAAUGGAUGAUGCUACGGAACGAUUUGAAAAUGAUCCCAAAUACUAUACGAGUGCUAGUGGAAAGACCACCAGUACCAAGCAACGAAUGAUGGAUGCCUUGGAACAAACGGCCACGACGUUGGGUCUAUCGACCAUUUCCACCACAUCGACGGGGGCGGAAAAAAUAGCCGGGGAAAUAGCCUCCUCGGCUCGUGGAUACAUGGAUCUGGUCAAGGAAAAUGCCGUUGUUUGUGCCACACUGGGACAUUCGGGUGCACCCAGUCCAUUUUGUUUGUCCAUCAAGGUGGGAGGAGAAACCAAAUGGAAAUUAUGCUUUGCAUCGCAUCGAGCACAGCUCAUGUGGAUGGCAGCCAUUACCGAUGUCAUUGUGCAGAACAGCGUCGAUGCGUACAAUCUCAAAUUGUUGUCGGCGGCCGAUCCAGCCAAUCACGAUCCCACGGCACUCUUUCUACCCAGCCUUCAAGAACCCCCCAGUGAUGCCGAAGGACAACAACCAGCGCAACGCGAUUCCGGUUCGCAGCAACAACAGUUACAGCACAACAGUAAUUCAGCGUUCGAGGAUUCGGAGAAUAUGCCAACACCCAAUUUUCAUCACGUCUCGGGCCGUCGCUUGUGGAUGAUGGAACCGUACGUUAUUCGUGCGCAGAACGAAUUGACACCGGAAGAGCACGACGUAAAAGAGGACGAUAGUGCGGAUUACGAUGACGAAGAAGACAGCGACGAGGAAGAUGACGAAGCCGACAACCUCGAAUCGAAAGUACCCGAAACGGAUGCCACGGUCGAUGACAGUGACCUUUGGUUCAUGCCAGAGAAACGCCUUGUCGUUGCAGCUGCGAUGAUCAACAUGGCCCUUAUGUACGCGCGCAAUUCCACCAUGUCCGUGCAAAGCUUUUGGAUGGUUGUGACGGUUGCCAACAUGACGCUCUUUACAUUGUUGGAAUCCAUGCCACGUCCAGGAGUUGCCUCUGCUGCCGCCAAAAUUGCUCCAUCAACAACAAAACCCCGCAAAGAAAAGAGAAAAAAGCCAAACCGCAAAAAGGGGACGGGAUCGGGAGGCGCGGGAAGUGGUGCCGACAAAGGUUCUGGGGCUGCUGCUACUUCUACUGGGGUCAAGGCUAAAAAGAAGAAAGAAAAAUAUGUACCACUGGCAGGAUUAUCGGCUCUCAGGCUGAAGGAGCACACGGACCCCAGAGUCAACGCCAAGGGGGAAAAGUUUUCGGGUUGGAUGAGCAUUCCUGGUGAAAAUCUGGGUGUUCGAUCGCACGGAUACAUUACAACCAAAUCCAAGGUGCCUUCGCCGGGAUCAAUUUAUGAGUUGGUGCAGAUGGAUAUUUUUGAAUCCCCAGCACGAUAUCCAGAUAUGGCUAAACGCGUCAAGCUGCCGAAGUUGCCCUACGACGUUGAUCCUAACGAGGUGAAAACUUGGAGAGCCCCGGACCACUUUGUUGUCAGUUUGUCUUUACCAACCGAUCCUCCGAAAUUGGGAUCAUCCUCCAGUGACGGCGGUGGAUACACAGUGACCUUGUACUUCAACAUGUAUAAGACGACGCGCGAUAUCUUAAAGCGGAUCACGGCUGAGGAUUACGACCCAACCUCGGAGCCAACCCCAGACGAUGUGCAGAAGUCACAGGUGAAUGCCAUUCGUCUCUUUGAGGAUUGGGUGAGACGCGCACCCAGCGACGUCGAGUUUCAAAAGCGAUUCAAAAUGAUCCCGAAUGUUGUCAAUGCCAAAGAAAUUGGCCUUCCAAGCUGGAUUGGCAAAUACAAUGGCAAACCGUUCCUUAUCAAGCGCCCAGGGCAAACUGGAUUUUUGUAUCCUCACCCGGAGAUCUCUUGUGUUGAAUUUGACAUUUCUCUGCACGUAUUCCCCUACUUGGCCAAGCAGGGAAUCUGCUACAUGAAGGAUUCCAUGUUCGCAAAUGUCGUGUGUAGCGUUGGCUUUGUGAUUGAGGGCCGCUCGGACGAUGAGCUACCCGAAUGUGUGAUUGGGUUAGGUCAAGUUUGCUACCCCGAUCCAGCAACUAUGAUGCAAGCAGCCGACUUCUUUGCUGGAACAGCGAUACGUUCGUUUGAACCAGAAGAGGCCGAAAAGCCAAAGCCAGAAGCAACAACAGAACCUGCCGCAGCUCCUGCUCCCGCUCCUGCUCCAUCCCGACCACCUGCAACUGCGGGGCCCUCGACGGCGUUUGAUGCAUGAUCGAUCGUGGCACCGUGAACAACAAUCAAUGAAGCUAGCAUAGGGAACGGACAAAAAAAUAGGUAGAUGCAGAAAAGCCAACAACGAUUAUAAUAUACAUGAUUUCAUGAACC